AUGGGCAGAUGUCAGUUAGUUUCGUUUCAAGCGUCACUGAGAUCACAGAAGCCAACAUGAAGUUCGCCGUUGUCGUAGUCUUGUUCGCUUUGGCCUAUGGUGUCAACAGUUCGGUGGUGCCGCUCCUGACCUCCGUCCACGGAGGAGUGGUGGUCGGUGUUCCCCAAGUGGCCGGCUCGGUCGCCAUUCAGGCAUCGGCUGUUCCCGCUGCCGUUCCCGUCGCCCUGUCUCCGGCCGGACCCGUGCUCAUCCAAUCCGGUCCAUCGGUGAUUGCCGCUCCCGUUCCCGCCGUGGUGGCUGCCCAUGCUCCUGCCGUGGUGGCUGCUCAUGCUCCUGCUGUGGUGGCCGUCGCCGCACCGGAGGCCAGCUAUGUGGCCAAGACACGUGGAGCCGUUCAUGUGGCUCCUCUGCCCGGACAUGCGCAGUCUGCCGCCUCCGUGAACCUGGAACCCGCACCGGGCACCUGGUAAAAACCUGGAAUACCCCAUGGAUAACGCCCACUUCGAUCGUGACCUCUACUCCACUUCCAUCUGUACAACAUUCUUGGUUUUUUUUCAAGUUCCCGCAUGGUUUUUCCUUUCCAGAGAUCCUCUCGGGAUCUUAUUUCUUCAACAAUCUAAGUCAAUCCUAUCCAGUCUAUCGCUUUCCGCUUUAUUCUCUGGUCUAUAUUUAUCCACCCCACUGUUGUCAAAUUUGUUUCUUUUGAAUAAAAAAUGUUAUCAAA